AUGGCCCCGCAGACUCGCUCCAGCGGCGUCCCGCCCCCGAGCCGCAUCUACAGCACCACCCCAUCCCUCCAACAAAUAGACUUUGUGUCCACUAUGACGGAGCUGCCUGAGGUAGCGCUCAGCGAUAGCGAAGAGGAUGGGUUUUCUGAUGGUGGUGCCGACAAGGAGAACGGGCCGUCGUCAUUGACGGAAAAGCAAGAUGGGAAGAAGCCUGCAACAGCAGCAGCGACAGAAACCAAGAGGAGGAGAACAGUCGGUGGGGACGAAUCGGACAAGAAGAGAUCGAAAAGGGCGGACGGCGGUGGCAAGAGCGACGGUGCCUCCAGACGCAAGACGACGGGUGGUGACUCUUACCACACGCAGACCCUGACGCAGUUCUUGAAUCGUGAACUCGUGCAGGACUCGCAGGAUGACGACGACGGCGAUGCAGAGUUCGAUGACUGGCUUCAGGAGUCACCACCGGAAAGUCCGAGCCCGAGCGCCAGGCAGCUCCCUGGCCCCGCUGGCGAGAGAAGCAGCAGGUCAUCGCCCAUCGUGGCAUCCGCCAAGAAGAACGAGGCACCUGUGUCCGCCUCUCGCCAGUCCUCCGUCAUCCCUCAGACGCCAACCACCCGCUCCAUCCGUUUUGAGAUCCCCUCAUCCAGCCAGCUCUCCACGCCCCCGACCGGACGUAUGCUGGACCGUAGCGCGGCAGCAGUAACAGCAGGGCUGGUACCUCUCUCACAACUCCCCGGGAAACCAAAGGCACGCAAGGUCGUUAUCGAAGACUCUUUCGCCACGGAAAGCUGGGGUUCCAACAAAAGCCCUGAUGCGAGUACUUCGCGUGGGACGCCGCUCAAGGACAUUACGGGGAAGGUCUUGUCUACUUCCACCGCAAGACUAUCGUCUUCUGCCACGGACCUCCUGAGCACGCCUACUAGGCCUCGAAGGCGGAAUAGGAGCGCUGAGCUUGGUGAGACCGUGGAGGAGGAAGGGGGGGAGGAGUCACCUGUCAAGAGUGAGGGGACACCCACGCCCAGGGGACCCAAGGUUAACGGGGGUGUAUUUGAGAUUCCUGACUCUGACGAGGACGACGAGGACGACGAGGAUGAUGUCGCAGAAGAAGAGCAGGAGGAUGGGGGUUCCGCAGAACAGCAUGAGGUGGCCGAGACACCACAAGGGGCCGUCGACGAAGAGCCCGAGCAGCCAGCAGCAGAUAUGCAGCGGAAGUUGCCGGCAGCAGAGAGGAUUGCCUCGACACCAGAAGACGACGACGAAGGCGAUGGCAAACUCACGACCGGCGCAGAGAAGAUUGCCUCAACACAAGAAGAAGAAGAUAGCGAGUUCAUCGCCGGCGCAGAGACACAGUCCGCCAUGAACGAGCUCGCCUCGACAGCCGAACAGUCCGGACAGGGGCUCCCCCCGCCAAAGCAGAGACCCCUCCGCAAGCCGCUGGACCACGGCCCCCCAUCGUUCCAGUCUCAAUUUCUCGAGUCCCAGCGCGUGCCCCUGGCUACGAUCCAGAGUUUCGGCCCGCCGACUCACCGCACCGAUGUCCUGCUCAGAAUCCCCUGGUCUACCAUCGACCGCGUAGCCGCUGGUUACGAGGUCGACCUGGUCCUGCCCUACAAGGUACUCGCCUCGAUUAAGCGCUUCUGGCUCGUUGACGAGGGCUCAAACCUGCGCUACUGCGCGUGCGUCGAACCCGUCGAGGAAAAUAGUCGGCAUCAGGAGCAGCAGCAGCAAUGGAGGUACCACCUCACGCAGGUAUACGAGUUGAACAACCCGCUCGGUGAGGACGAGAUCCUCGAGGAAGGAUGGAUGGAUAAGACCCGCCGUCAACCUCGAUACGUCUACUUGCCGCCCGCGGGGGUGAGCCAGCUCCUCGCCAAUCUACGCCACGCCCUCUUCGGUGAGGAUGGUGAUGAUGAUGGUGGUGAUGACGAUGGUGCGCAGGGGGUGGAGUCACACGUCCCUUCCCUCGCCCCCAGCAGCAGCUACAGCACGUCGUUGCAGGUCGAGGCCCAACUCCGCGGCGACAUGGAGUCAGAUGUUGCCCGAUAG